AUGACCCUCGACGCCAGCACGCCAGACCCACUCCCACCAGACCACAACGUCGGACCCGCCCUCAUAGCAUGGACCUCCAUCCUCAACACCCUCUCCCUCCUCACGACCGCGCUCCGCCUCAUCGUCCGGCGCGGCAACGGCGUGACAGGCUGGGACGACUGGACGAUCCUCGCCACCGUCACCGUCGCCACCGUCCGCUCCGCCCUCAACAUCACCGGCGCCACAUACGGCUACGGCCGGCACCGCUGGUACCUCACCACCGGCCAGCAGGAAAAGGUCAACAUGUACGGCUUCUACGGCCAGGUCCUCCUCUUCAUCACGCUCUGCCUGCUCAAAUGGUCCAUCUGCAUCCUCCUGCUGCGCAUCAAGAGCACGCGCACGCUCAAAUGCAUCGUCUACCCCCUCAUCGCAGGCCUGUUUCUGACAAACCUGCUCUGCGUCGUCGUCUUGCUGGCCGAAUGCUCGCCUGUCGCGACGUUCUGGCGACCGGCCGCCGGCUCGUGUUGGCCGGCGAAGGUGCGGAUUAAUUCGAUUUGGCUGCAGGCUUCAUACUCCGUCUUCUCAGACUUCGUCUGCUCCCUCCUCCCCAUCUACCUCCUCCACAACCUCAACAUGCCCCUGCGCACCAAAGCAGCCGUCUGCGGCCUCAUGGCCAUGGGCCUAAUCGCAACAUCCUGCGCCGCCGUCCGCGCCUCAACCCUCACCACCGCCCCAACAGACAUAACCUACGCCUACGGCGUCACAGCCCUCUGGUCCAACACCGAGAUCCACCUCGGCAUCGUCGCGACCAACAUGUCGCUUUGCCGCGCCAUCUGGGCGUAUUUCGGUGCCGCGCUGCGGCCAUCUGUGUCUUCGUCUAACAAUAAGCAUAUGCCGCCCACAUCGCUACUUCCUGGAGCCCCGCGCGGGUAUGGCUCCGAUGCGGAGUCGGGGGGGGUUGGGGGUGGUGGUGAGGUUGGUGGUGGUGAGGGGUUGGUGGGGAAGUAUCGGGUGUGGGUUUUGCAUGCGCGGGGGUCGGGGGUGAGCGGGGAUGGUGUGGUGGGGGAGCCGGUGCGGACGGCGAUUAGGAGGACGACGGAGGUGGUUGUUGUGGAGGGGGAUUGUGAGGGGCGGGGUGGAAGUGGUGGACAUGGGGAAGGAGUGUUGGAGGGAUAUCAGAGGUCGUGGGAUGUGAGGCCGGUGGGAGAGCGGGAGGAGCAGGAGGAGCGGGCUUGA